AUGUUCGCCAAGGCUAAACCACGCACCCCUUUGGUCAACAGCCAGGCCAAAUUCAAGAGUCAACUGACCAACAAUUCUUCUCAAUUGAAUCUAAGCUUUCCAACGGCCGCUCAGCUUUUGCGGAAGAACAGCAGCCAAUUGCGGCAAACUAAAUUGAGUGUUUGCCCAAAAGACAAUAAACUUAAGUAUGAUGGCUUCGUUGAUGAAGUUCCAAAGAUUAGGCCUGUAAAAGAGUUCGUCUAUAAGCCAGCUCCGAGCGUCCUGGUGAAAUCCAGUUGCAAAGCUUCGACAAAAAAGGAAGCACCUGCAGGGUUGCCAAGUUCUCCGAUGUCAAAACCAGGACGAAACUUAAUUAGUCUGAUAGGUCGAGUGGAUUUCUGUCUUAAAACCCACAAAAUGUAUCCGGAAACUAACGCCAUUUGGAAUGUUUACGGUAAAUUGCUUCGCAUUAUUAAUGGAAAACGUGGAUUACACACCUUACUAGUGCGUGACGAAGGUUCUGGACCCAUUCUUCAGGGAAUAUACUAUGAUUUCGAAGGUGUUUUAGGAACUUUUUGCCCAGGCUGCUUCAUUCAUCUCGUUGGCCGUUUUAUUGGUGAAAAUCGCUUGCAAACUUUCAAGAUUUCCCAGGUAAGCGAUAUAGACUGGCAGCAACAAUUUAUGCGCAUUGAAAAUGUGACAACGUAUAUUCUGAUGCAAAACAAUGUGCAUAAGUAA